AUGUCUUUUGGAGAUUUCAGUAAGAUCUGUCAGAGGACCCCGUUGCCGCUUUGUUCAGUUGUGAAGUCUGCAAAACAGAUGGUGUUGACCAAUGAUACUACCAUCAAAAAUUCCAGGUUGGAUAUUAUAGAUUUAGGGAUUAUACCAGUAUGUUACGCCAGAUCCAUUGAUGUAGCAAAUACGAUGAUCUUCGAGAUUGGGAACGCAUUCAUCAAUAUUGUUGCAUUUUUUCUGUUGAUCAUUAUCAUAUACAACGUGCGGAGGAAGGUGACAGCAAUUGGGAGGUCAGAGUAUAGUUACUUCUUUCAAACUUGUUUGGUUUUGAUUAUCUUCACUUUAAUUGUCGAUUGUGGUGUUUCUGCUCCAGGUUCUUCUGCAUAUCCAUAUUUGGUAUCCGUACAACUGGGUUUAGCCGGGGCAUGUUGCUGGAUGCUUUCAGUACUUGGAUUAUUAGGGUUCAGACUAUGGGAAGAUGGUACUUUCAAGUCAAUGUUGCUCUUAUAUGGGAUGUCCUUUGGUGGAUUCAUUUUGAACUUCGUUGUAAGCAUAGUUACUUUCAAGGAAUGGAUACAGAGGAAAAGCGAUAUGUCAACAGACACCAUGGGAUUAUUCACAGUAAUGUAUGUCAUUAAUGCGUUGGCUCUACUUAUCUACAUCAUUUGUUUAUUGAUAGUGUCAGUGAAAGUCUUACAAAAUUACUGGGCUACAGGGGCCAUUCUCCUCGGUGUAUUCUUCUUCGUGGCGGGCCAAGUUCUAAUAUAUGCUUUCUCAAACAAUAUAUGUGAAGGUAUGAAUCACUAUUUGGAUGGAAUGUUCUUCGGUAGCUUAUGCAAUUUGUUUGCAAUUAUGAUGCUGUAUAAAAACUGGGACAUGAGUACCGAUGAUGAUUUAGAAUUUAGUGUCAGUAUUGACUCCACUGAGUACAGCACUUUCAACUCCGAUAUCAAACUGUGA